CGGGGCACCAGUCGUGAGCGAAUGGAGGAGUUCGAGGAAGCGGUGAUUGCCCUCGAGUGCUACAUGGCCUCGGUGCAGAAGGAGAUUGAGGAGAGGACUCAGGUUGUGACGCUCCUGGAGCAGGCCGAGAUCUUCUACGAGACGCAGCGGGGCGAAGCCAAGCUGGUAGCUAAUGCGUACAAGAAUUUUGGCAACCGUGUCAAGACCCUAAAAACAAAGUUGCAGGAAAAGAUGAAGACUUUACCGGAGCCGAGCCCUGUCCCGUCCCCAACUGUCGAUGCCCCCUCGCCGGAGAAUAGUGAUGAUGAAAAUUUGUCUCUUCCUGAUUCAGCGUCUUCGGCCAUGGAUUCUUUUUUGAAUUCCUCCAAAUUUGCUGAGCUGGCCAAGGGUGCACUGAGUGGGGUCACCGGAGACCUUGAGGCACGUAUCUCUGCUCUCAGGAAGGAGGAAAAGAUGGAAAAGUCUCAGCUGAAGUCUUCGUCCUGCAUGGAGGUGAAGGAAGUUCAGGUGAUCAAAGAUGGCAAUCAGAGCAGCGACAGCAUAGAGAUCUGGGAGGUGGCCAACUCCAAAGAAACCCACGGAACUUGGGACGGCAAGGAGACCUCGAGGGACACGGACGAGCGGAGGGAAGCGCUGGACGUCCACGAGGUCCACGAGAGCUGGGACCGAGAGGGAGCACAGCCGAGGGACUAUGCAAGGGAGCACAGGAGCUCACGGUCCUCGAGGGAUUCUAGAGAUUCACGCGACGGCGAGGUGCGGGAUUCGUACCGGAGCAGCAGCUGGGACCAUGGGGGGUCUGACCGGGAGUAUUCGCACAAGCCGAGGGAUCGAGAAUAUUCCCACACGCCUGCCAGCUCGUAUGACUCUCCCAUUCAGCCUCCAAAGGACCUCAAACCAAUGAGUGCAGCUGAGCUCCUUGACACAUAUCUAAGCAAGUCAAGUGGUGGCGGGGGGAGUGGAAGUAGCAAUGCCACCUCCCCUGUGACACCCGCAUAUGACACUGCCAAAGCCCCUUCCACUCCUACUUCGCAGUCGGCCAUUCCUGAUCUCACCCGUCCACCCCCAAGCCUUUCCAUUCCGCUGCCCCCAAACAAUCCCCCCCCAUCCGAUUCCCCCUCCCCGUAUGUGCCUGGCCCCUUCAGCAACUCGAGGCCCUUCACACCAAAAUCACAUUAUCCUCAGGGAUACCCUAUCCCCCCAGAGACACCACCCAAGCCAUCCUUUACUCCCACACCUACAAGUGAUCAGCCUCCACCCUAUCCUCCCUAUGAAACACCUCCGGUCUGGGUUCCUCCACCUCCUCCACCUCCUCCACCCCCAGAAAUGGAUGGUUUGGGUGGACCAGGAAGUGACUAUGAAAUGACCAGAAACUACAGUGGAGGAUGGUCUGACUAUGACCAAUAUGCCAACUCAGGGGACCUGAAUGAAGACGAUGCUGAUGAUCGCAAUUGGGGAGAACCUCCUGGCAAUGAAGAGCUAGAAGCUUUACAUUCAGACACACCUUCCUCUCCACCACCCUAUGAGAAAGGGUAUAGUGGCGCUCUCCACCCCCCUCCCCUACCUCCCGCAUUUUGUGGUCCUGCCAGGAGCAACUUGAGAGAAUUAGUAUCGGAAGGGGAGGAUAGUGAUCAUAGAACAAACCUGGUUAGCAUAAAGCCACGGGGAGCUGAUAUGGAUUACCGUUGCUAUGAUUACAGCUCGCUGUCUGACCCCACAGGAGAGUCUAGUGUGGCACCCAUUCCCUCAAUACAGUCUUUGUUUGCCCCAGGAGACGACCAGGAUUUUAGAGUGAAGAAGUCGGGAUUGAAGCAAAACAAUGCAGAUUCAGGUUCUGACAUGGACAUCAGUGCCUCUGAUUCAGAAAAUGAUAUGGACAUCAGUGAUGAGUCUGGGAAGGAGGGUGCUAAUAGUAGAAAAGAAGGUGAAGUAAAGGAACAAAAGUUAACAAAAGAAUCUGUUAAGAACAGUUCCUCUAAGAAAACCAGUAGUGAAAAUGAUGUGAUAAAGGACCGUUCGACUAUAAAUGACAAAGCCAAGCCAGUUGUGAAUAGUGCUAAGUCUGAGGCAGUUGGUGUGAAUACAAUAACAUCUGUACUGGAUAGUACAGGUCCUGUAAAGAGUGAAGAGGAGAAAGUAUCGAAAGAUGAGUGCAUCAAGAACAAAGAUGUAAAGCCUCUACCAGUGACUAAAAGAGAAUCAGAAGGUGGAUCAAACGGUAGUGUUAGUGAGGAUAAAGAGUGUGACUCGGAUAUGGGGGGCAGGGACUGGUAUGGGGAGUUUUGCCAGGAGGAGGCUGACGAUGAGCCACAAGGUGAAGAAUAUAUUCCAACAGUCAUAGCUAAGAGUGGUGGAAGGGACAGCAAAGAAAGACCCAAGAGUGGGGGAAGGGGAAAUGGAGAUCGGGAUUACUCAGUCAAUCGGAACUAUGGAGAGAACAAUGUGAUAGAUGUGAUGAAAAGCUUAGACCAAGAAUUCAACCAGCAGAGAGACAGAGGUAAAGGAAAUUUCGAGGGUUCGAAUCAUAGUCGGGGUGGGCAUUACGGGGGAAGCUACAGGGGUAGUGGGUUUAAUUCAUACCAAAGUAGAGGGGAGUUCUAUGGUAGUCCACACAACCAGAGGGGAAGAGGGCGAGGAGGGCCUGCUUUUCAUUCCCCCCGGGGCAGAGGCCGAGGAGGGUUCAACUCACAGCCAGGCGGGCACCAUGGUGACUUCCACCGUGGCACGCCUCCGUACAGUCCCUCGGCACGGGGUUAUCACAGCUCUGAUAACUAUGGAGGAGGGAGGGGAGGGAGGAGGGGGGGAAGAGGAGGGAGGCAGUGGUGGUGAAAAUGUAUUGAUAUUAUCUCAGAAUAAUUGAAUCUUAAAUUUUUGGUUUGUUUUUCAUUCAGCUACUGUAUAUUUAUAUGUUACUGUGGUCUCUUUUAUUAUAUAUAUAUGUCAAGGAGUCCACAAAGAGGAGUGUUAUGCAGUAGAUGGUACAAAUUUUCUUAGCCUUGGGGAAGAAGAGUUUAAAAAGAGAAGUACUUUGCCCAUAGAGAUAUAAGCCACCCACCUGUACUGUUGCUUCCAGGAUAUUGUCAGUAACAAUUUUUAAAUGGUAUUCAGAAAAAAAAGACAGGAGUUUUAUUUUUUGUGAUAGAAGGCAAUUUAUAAGAUCUUUGUUGAUUACAUGGUAUUUUCACCUAUACUAAUAGUACAUUGUCUUUGUACUUAGUGUGUAAGAUAACUAUUUUUCUUUUUUUCUUUUUUUUUCCCAAAGACCUGUCAAUGUUGAAGAUGAUCACUUGUAUAAACUUUUAACAGUUGUAAUUGUGCUCAUUGACAGAGCAGUUUAAAAAGCCUUUUGUCAUGCCUAUGUACAUGAGUUCAAACGAGACGGAAAUAAAAGGAACAUGACACUAGAAAAAAAAGGAAGAUGUCAUAUAUUUUAAAAAAAGGAAGUUUUGCUUUUUUGUUUUCAUGUACAAAAGCCCAACACACUCUCAAUUGCUACAGAUCUUAUGCUUACUUGUAGUUUAGCUUCUUCACACUUCUGCUUUCACUACUCUUGUUUGAAAUCUGUACAUGUGCAAAAAAAAAAAGAAAAAGAAAAAAAAAAAAGAAAGCUAAGUGCUGCUACAUUUGCAAGGCUGCAGUUCUUAGCUGUGAUUUAGCUGGAGGUGAAUGGAAAAUACACUUAGUGAUUUAUAACGAUAACUUCUGAGAAGUUACAUAUCAAUCAGUGCUGUGGAUAAGUCAAAAAUGGGAAGAAAAAAAACAAAAAAAAACAUUUAUUGGCUCAUAGGAGGAGGAUCCCAAAGCAUGUAAACUGUUUGUUUGUUUGUUUUGAUUUUGUCAGUGUAUGUAAUUUUAAUUUGGAAGUGUUGGGAAUAGAUGGAAAAUUGGCAGCUUGAUAAAUAGUGAAAUAGGUGAGUGAAUACAUAAAUACACAUAAAUACACAUAAAUACACAUGAAUACACAUAAAUACACAUAAAUACACAUGCAUACACAUAAAUACACAUAAAUACACAUAAAUACACAUAUAUACAUAUAUACAUAUACAUAUACACUUUUAUAUAUACAUAUACAUAAAUAUAUAUAUAUAUAUAUAUAUAUAUAUAUAUAUAUAUAUAUAUAUAUAUAUAUAUAUAUAAAUAUAUAUAUAUAUAUAUACAUAUGCAUAUAUAUAUAAAUAUACAUAUUCAUAUAUAUAUAAAUUUACAUAUUUAUACACAAAUAUACAUAUAUAUUUGUAUAUGCAUUUACAUGUGUAUAUGCAUUUGCACACACACACACACACUCACUCACUCACUCACUCACUCACUCACUCACUCACUCACUCACUCACUCACUCACUCACACACACACACACACACACACACACACACACACACACACACACACACACACACACACACACUCACUCACUCACUCACUCACUCACUCACUCACUCACUCACACACACACACACACACACACACACACACACACACACACACACACACACACACACACAUACACACACACACACACACUCACACUCACACUCACACUCACACUCACACUCACACUCACACUCACUCACUGCACUGCACACCCAGUCCCCCACAUACACAGCUCAUACAUCGUGUCUAUCAGUUAGCACAAAACCAUUAGAACUGAGAUGUGAGUAUACCAAUUUGUUAUUAAUGGUUUUGAUAAAUUUUAGAUGAAGAAGUGAACAUGCCUUUCAGCAGUGUUAUUUAUUUGUUUAUUUAUUUUAUCCAAGUGCCCCACUGUGUAUCACAAAGAAUUGAUGCUUUUUACAAGAAAGUUCCAUAGGUGAAUGUUUUGAAGACUGUAUCACAUAAAGGUUAAACCCAAGUAAUGCAUUAGGCUGUAGGGUUAGUGUGUAAGCCAAAAACUGUAGCUCUGUGGACUCUCAAUGGGCCAUCCUGUGGCUAAUAAAUCUGAUGGGUGUAA